CAAUAAUAGAGAAGAGCUGCAAUUUUACAACACUGCAGCAGCGGGCUAGCAUAAUGAAAAAAUGUAAUUGUUAGCUAUUAAAUUUGAUAAACAAAGACGCAGUGCGCUACUAUAGAAGAACGACGUCAAAGAUUCACAAGUGAAAAGUAUACAUAUACGUGAAAAAUGGCGGCGUCCUCAGCCACGGCUGAGUGUAAAGACGAAUGUAAUGAAAAAGAUGACGAUACACUGACCACAACGCAGCAUACAUGUGCUAAUGAUCCAGAUUUUGCAGUAAUAUGCUGUUUUAUGCAGAAAUUUGCUAAAGAUUUGGGCUUGGCGUUGCCAAAUUUCAAACAUUUGCAGGAGUGGUUGACAAACAACGAUGAAGUGGCUGAACUGCGCGAUCUGCACAUAAAAUUAUUGCGCAAGACACGCAAAACAGUGCAUGAGAAGAGCUGGGAGUCGGCGAUUAGUAAAUUUUGCUUUGGCUAUUCCAUGCAAGAUGCAUGGGAGGUUGAACGCUUUGGAUAUAAAAACUCCAGCUUAAAAGUGAAAUUGCGCAUACUGCGGGAAUUGUUGGAGAGCCAGUUUGAGCGUAAUGCUAAAUUCCGUGCUCACAUACUCACACUGAAUGCGGCUUCGCUGCGUGCUCAACCCAUAGGCCGAGAUCGCUUAGGCCACGCCUACUGGCUGACACAGGAUGUCGAUUGUAAUUUGCGCAUCUAUCAGGAGCAUCUCGAUGAGGAAAUAUGGCAGGUUGUGGCCACCAAUCGUGAUGAAUUUGUUAAUCUCAUUGCACGCUUGCGUGGCAAUGAGGUGGUGUUGCCCUCCAAGGAUAUUGGCGAGGCGGAUGAGGAUACUACGAGCAGCAGCAGUAGCAGUCAAAAUGCAGUGGCAGCAACGACGCCAGCGACCGAGGAGGAUGCACCUGAAGAAAAACUUCCCAACUUAAAAAUCAAGCUGUGCACACCUGAACAGUCAGAUCAGGCCGAGGUAAAGUCCAAGAAGGUCAAGCCCUUGCUAAUAACUCAAGCAAAACUCCACGGCUCACCCGCACCCGCCAAGAAACGCACGCUCGAUGAUGUGGACAGCAGUCCCACAGACUUGGCGACGGCAGAGCAGCUAAAAAAGCAGCGACCCACGCUGCUUGACACCAAACGCAUGAAGAAACCCAGUCGCUAUGAGAGCACCAAAUCAGAGGAUGACAACGAGGUUGACUCGGAGGAUUCAGAAUUGGACGAAGGCGAGGAGGAGGAAGAAGGCUCUCUAGAAGGGGAAGAUGAUUCGCUAGAUAGCGCUGCAGCCGAUGAAGAUGAGAAUGAACAUAGAAUAAACACAGAGGAUGAUGACGAUGAUCAAGAGGAGGAAGAGGAAGUAAGCGAGGCUAUUGAAGAGCCAGUGCUGCAUGUGCGUGGUCAAGGCGCCGGACGCGACUGCGAUGCCAUCUUUAUAGACUCUGAGGAAGCUGAAGUGGAAGUGAGUGACGCUAUUGAGGAGCCUGUUCACUAUGUGCUGGGCUUGGGCAGUGGCGAAGACUGUCUGGUAGGCAAUGGUAAUGAAACACAUGCCGAGGAAACUACCACAAAGCCAGAGCCCAAGGCUACCUUUUUCUUUGGUGAGCCUGGCUGCCUGAAGCUAAGUCCCAUCAAACACGCACCCAAGCCGGAGGUUAAACGCAGCAUCUUCGAUAGCAUUGCAGAGCCGCCAGCGGCGCCGCCUGCUGAGCUGGAGAAGACUAACGGUGAGAGUCUGACGCAGGAACAGCCCGAGGCGCAACCGCAGCCUGAGCCAGAAGAGCAGCAGCAGCGAGAGACAGAGCAGCAACCAGAGACGCCUCCGCAAUUAGAGAUUCCUCAGAAACCAGAGACGCCUCAGGAACUAGAGAGGCCUCAGGAACUAGAGACUCCUCAGCAACCAGAGAUGCCUCAGCAACCAGAGGUGCCUCAGCAGCAUCCAGAAAUUCCUGAGCAACAAGAGACGCCACAACUCAAUGGAAAUGAGAGCACAAAAGAAGCAGAAAGUGAGGAUGCAAGUGUGACUGAAAAGAAAGAGGAUUUGCCUAAGGAAAAUGAAAUCUCAAGUGAACAAAGUGAGGAUCAGGCAGAGGAGCCUGUUUACCAAGUAAAGGUUGUAGAAAGUGAGCUGGAAAAAGAGACGGCAACGAAAUCAGUUGAAAAAGAAACUUUAAAUAAUGACAUUGAAGCGGAAAAUGUAGAAAUUGUUAAAGAAACUGUGGAGACGGCGGAGGAAGAGAAAGUAGAGCAAGCAGCAGAAGUGCAUGAAGCAGAAGUUGUAGAGACAAUAGAAGUAAAGGAAGCUGAAGUGGUUGCCGCUAAAAAUGUCACAGAAACUGAACCUCAGGCUGAGGAAGCGCCAGAGCCACAGCAAGAAGACGUUAAGCUGGCAACAAUUGAAGAAGCUAGUGAAACGCCUAGAGAGGCUGAAAAUAAAACCAACGAGGACAUACAAGAAAAUGUUGACUUACCCAGCACUUCCAAAAGCAUAGAUCUUCAGCUGGAGCCCGCAGAGCCCAUAGAGAAGGAAGAAGAAGAAGUGGAAACAAAGCUAGCAGCUACAAUUGAGGUAGUAGCUGCGCCUACACCCAAAUCUCCACUAGCUGAAGUUGAAACAAAGCCAGAAGUUCCAAUUGAGGCGGAGCAGGCAGCUCCUUCGCCCAAAUCCACAGAAGUAGAAGUUGAAGCAAAUCCAGCAGUUCCAAUUGAGCAAGAGGAGGCUACUCCAUCACCCAAAUCCACACCAACUGAAGUUGAAGAAAAGCUAACAGUUCCACUUGAGGUCGUAGCUGCUCCUUCACCGAAAAGCAUACAAGAAGCAAAGCCAAUUGAAGUCGUUGCGCCCCUUACACCCAAAUCCCCACAAGCUGAAGUUGAAACAAAGCCAGCAGUUCCAGUUAAAAUUGAGGCCACUCCUACACCCAAAUCGACACUUUUGGCCAAUCGCAAGCGUCGAUUAAGCGAAUUGCCAGCUCCAAAUCCACGUCAUUCCACCUCUGAAAGUGAAGUGGAAGCACAGCCACUGGACGACGAGCAGCUGAGCACAGAUGAGGAACUGGAUGUUGGAGGCAAGCGCAUAAAGAUGCGUCCAAAGAUUAGCAAUGUGGAAGCACGACGCAAAGUCGAGGAGUUGAAGACGCAAAUUGAGGAAACCACUUCAUCCAGCGGCGGCGAGGAAGAUGUACGUAGUCGCAACCGUAAGAUAAUAGCGCCCAAGCGUCAGCUGGAAAAACCACAAGCAGUCACAGUGGCUACCAAGUCCAAGCCCACUCUGGCAGAGAUUAUAGAAAAGAAGCUAAAGAAGACGCCAGAGAAGACAAUAGUUGAGCACACAACAGAACCGCCAGAAACAGUACAGACUAUUCGAGAAGUCACACCGCCACCAGCUGUAGUCCAAGCAGAAGUAGCUGCUUUUGUGCCACCCAAGAAAUCGCCCAUUACCAAGCCCUUGAAAAAGAAUCUCUUGACACAGCUGCGUCAGGAGGAAAGCGACGAGGAGGCAGUGCCCCGAAAGCGAACAAAUAGUGAAAAUGUGUCGCUGCCCACGCCGCCAGCGCCAGAGUCAACGCUACAACGCAAGCGACGCAGCAGCGAGGAUGCCAAAGAAUCAACUGACAAUAGCAGCCAUGACGCUCAGACGCUUAAUCCCGGUGAGAAACUAAAGCGCAAUAAGGAGCAGCUGCCGGAGGAGAAGAAACAAGCGGAGGGCAAACAGGCAUCACCGGCACCAGCUAAAAAAGAAUCAUCUCCAACGCCGUCAGUCAAGGAGGAAGAAGAGGAAGAGGAGGAGGAACCUGCAGCGGAAGUUAAACAGGAAACAGCACCUGCAAUUGAAGCCGCCGGCAGACGCUCUGGACGACGUGGUGGUGCCACUGUAGUACACACAGAGCUGCUGCAGGCCAAGCGCACGCGUGGAGGCGUCAAGGUGAAGCCGCAAGAAGCUGAAGAGAAAGAGGAUGAGCCAGAAAAGAAACUGCCCAAGGAGGAGCAGGUGAAGCAGGUUAAAACAGAAGCCAAGAUCGAAACUGUAGUGGCCAAGGAGGAGCCAAAAAGCUUAGCUGCCAAGUCAGAGCGGCCGGACCCUAAGCCGGAGUCGCCUAAGGCGAAAGAUGACCCGAAGCAGGAGAAGGCCGCAGAACCGGGGGCUAAGCCGAAGCAGGAGAAGGCCGCAGAACCGGAGCCUAAGCCGAAGCAGGAGAAGGCCGUGGAGCCCGAUAAGCCAGCGUCAACACCAACUAAAACUGGUCCAGGUCGUGGCCGCGGUCCGCGCAAGAAGCGUGAAGUGGACACCACCAACAUAAUCGACACCAACGAUUCGGAAACGCCAGUGCGUCAAUCUCGGCGCAUAGCACAGCAGAAGAUCAAAGAGGAGGCGGAACGACGCAAGCUGGAGGAAGUGGCGCUACGCAGCAUGAAGCAAGAGCUAAAGAAGAAGAAGAAAGCCGAGCAGUCAGACCCCACAGUGGAAGAGCCUUCCGCUGAGUCAGAGUCAGCAGAUUCCGCCAGCGAAGCAGAGGAGGAAACCAAAAAGAAAAUCAAAAAGAAAUGUCCAGGCAAGGAUGGCGGCUGGUCAUCGGACUCCGAGGAGCAAGCCGAAUCAGAGGAGGAAGAGGAAGAGCCACCCCACUACGAAACAGAUCCCGGUUCGCCUCUUUUUAAAUCCGAUCACGAGUUCUCACCCGAAUCUGAGCUAGAGGAUGAAUCUCAGGUGGUGCCCAUGAAGCGCGCACGCACGCUGCGCAAAGAGAACGCCGAGGAUGAGGAGGAGUAUGCCGAUGCGGAUGAGUCGUGCCAGAAAUGUGGCAAAUCCGAUCACCCAGAAUGGAUUCUACUCUGCGAUACGCCAGACUGCAACAAGGGCUAUCAUUGUAGCUGCCUCAAUCCCGUGCUCUUCUACAUACCCGAGGGCGACUGGCACUGUCCGCCGUGUCAGCAGGAACAGCUCAUUGUGGCGCUGGAGCAGCAGCUACAGGUCUAUGAUGGCUUAGUGCUGGCCAAGCAGCAGGCCAAGCUGCUCGCCGAGGAAGCUGUGCGUCAAGCGGAGGCGGCAAGCGCUUUGGUCAAACACGAUUCUCAGCUGGACUCUGACUCGGAGCGAGAUCAGCGUAAACAGCAUAACGAUGAUGAUGAUGAUGAUGACGGCGUUAGCAGCCAAGGCAAGCAGCGCUCCAAGGCAGACAAGAGCAAGCGGCGACGCGGCGAUGGACGCAGUAAUCGACGCGCUGCUAAACGUGGCACGCGUCGACGUCGUGGCGGACGCAAUGAAGCAACCGAAAGUGGCAGCAGCAGCGCUGGCGGCGAUGCUAACAGUGGCACCAAAACAGGCGAUGGAGCACGCACUAAGCGCAACAGCAGCAGCGGCAGUGGCAGCUCCAGCAGCAGCAGCAGCUACUCCGACUCGGAUGAUGAGCCCAUUUACAAGCUGCGCAAGCGACGCCAGAUCAAUGUUAGCUAUCGUCUGAAUGAGUACGAUGAUUUGAUAAACUCUGCGCUCAAAAAGGAAAUGGAUGAAGUAGCAGGCGCAGGCAAUUUGGGGCGUGGCAAGGACAUCAGCACUAUAAUCGAAGCGGAUAAGGAGAAGAGCAGGCGUGAGGAAGACGAUGCGGAGGAGCCUGUCGCAGCAGCUGAGAAAUCAGCACACGAAACGGAUUCCAAUGAUGAGGACUCAAAGGAUGAACAGCCGCUGCAGACGAGCAACAAAUUCAAGUUGAAGUCAGCGCCGCCUGCCAAGAAAAAACCACGUAAGCUCACUACGCUCGAUGUAAGCUCCGAGGAGGAUCAUGGCAGCGAUGAAGACUUCAAAACCUCGAGCUACUCCGACGAGGAUACCUCGCAAUCGGCCUCCGAGGAGUCCGAUUCCAGCUUGGAGCUGUAUCGUGGCCGUGGACGUGGCAAGCAUCAACGCAAGGCAGCGCGUCGAGCAGCGCGAGAGCGACGCAAGGAUCGCAAAUUUGUAGUGGAGGAAAGCGAUGAAAGCGAGGAGGAGCAGCAGAAGCAGAGCCGCAACAGCAAGUCCAGCAAAUCCAAGAAGAAACGCAAAGAGGACUCGGACUAUACGGAAACGGAAACCGAGGAUGAUGAUGAUGAGAAUGGCUCCGAAUUAUCAGAGAAUAUGGACAGCGCAGAUUUGUGUGAUGAUACAACAAGUGAUAGUGAGGAUGGCGGCUGGAAACCCAACUCCAAGCGCAAGAAGAAGAAACCCUCGACGAGCAUAGCACGCAAGUCGCCCAAGCUGAAGAAGCCCGUGCCCAAGAAGCCCAAGCGGCUGGAGUACUCCGAUGACGACAUAAGCGAGAGCGAGCCCGAGGAGGAUGAUGAAGAUGAGGAGCAGGCGGAGCUGGGCGCCAAUGGUGCGCCCAUGUCGGGCAAGGGAUCUGGUAAGCAGCCAAGAUCGCAGCCGCUCAAGAAAGCCAAUGCAAGUCCAGCUCAGAGCGCUGGCAAGGGCAAAGGCAAAGGCAAGGGUGGCGGCAAAAAGAAGAAGCCAGCCAAAUCUUCUUCAGAUGAAGAGGCGGCUGCCACGGCUGCGGAUGAGCGAACGCGCACACGUGGACGUCGCUAUGCCUACAUAGAAGACUUUGAUGACGAUAGCUCCGAUGGCGGCAUUAAGCCUGGCGUGCAUCGUCCGGAUACGCCGCCCGAGGAGCGUCAGAAGUUUAUACAAAAGCAGGAGGAGAUUAAGCGCAUGCUGGCGGAGAAGAACGCCGAGGGCGCCAAGCUGGCGGCUACGCCACGACUGACGCCCAUUAAAGCGGGCAGUGGUCAGGAGAAGCGCACACCUGGCAAAGCGACAGCUGGCGGAGAUUCGCUGUCCACCGUUCCCUUGUCGGUUAUACGCCAAGCCAAAGUGCUGGACAUUGACUAUUUGCAACGCAAGGGUGAGAACAUAGACGAUCUGGAUGAUGUAGCUGAGUCCGAGCUGGAUGAUGCCGAACUGCCGGAUGAUCUGCCCGACGAUAUGGAGGAUGCCAUUGCGCGCAUGGUCGAGGAGGAGGAGCAAUUUAGUGCGGCAGUUGCAGCACGUGAAUUGCCCGCGCCGGAUGAAGUGCUGCGUCAUACGCCCAGCAAAUCCAAGGGCAGCAAGCAGUCGACGCCCAUUACGCCCGAGCAACUAGUGGCGCCGGCCAGCGCUUCAGGCUUGCAGGAACCGCUGCGUAAGCGUCUGCCCAUGCCCACCAUGCAUCCGCCACUGCUGCGUCAUCAGUUCCCAGGCGGCGGCUUGCCCGCCUCGCUGCUGCCGCCGCCACCACCCAACUCGCAACAUGCGCCCAGCAUGCAUCCCAUGCUGCAGCGCCAUCUAGCGCCCACGCCGCCCAUGCAACUGCUGCAAAAUGCACUCUCUGCGCCGCUGGGUCAGCCGCUUGGACGUGUCGGCUAUCCGCCCCAGCAGCAGCAGCUUUCGCCUGUAGCCGCCAUGCAGCGCAUGCCGCUGGGCAUGUCCAUGCCUGCUGCAGCUGCGCAUCUUAUGCAAGCCGCAGCCGCUGCUGCUGCAGUGCGUCCACCUGCGCCUGCACCAGCGCCGCCGCCAGCAAGCGCUGCAGCCGACACCAAGCCACGUGGCAGACGGAAAAAGGUGACACCACUGCGAGAUCAGCUGCAGAAGCAACAAACCGCUGCCGCUACAGCUGCAACUGCCGCAACGCCACCAACUGCGUCCUCGCCAGCAGACAAAUCCACGCCUGCUGGCAAAUUGCCGCCGCCUCAGCCGCAGCUCUUCAAGCCACAUGAGGAAACGCCGCCGCCGCCGCCAGCGAUUGUCUCGCAAGCUUCGGUUAUUACGCGCAUGCCCAUGCCCUCGCUGCUGCCGCCGGCACACGCACAUCAACAUCAACGUGGAGCACCGCCUCCAUCCGCUGCAGCGGGCAUGUAUCCCAGCGGCGCAGAGCUGGCGCGCUUCUAUGGACAGCCGCUGCCGCCCAGCUCAGCGCUGCGUCCCACUUAUGGCGCACCGCCGCCGCUGCGAGGCGCGCCACCAGCCACAUCCACAGCGCCCAAUGCGCGUCCACCGCCCUAUCUACAUGGCCAUGCACCCGAGCAUCACCCAGCGCCACAUCUCAAUCCCUAUAGAACGCCGCCCAUUUAUGGCAAUCCCAGCUUUGCGCCUAGAGUAGGACCGCCACCACGACCUGGCGCCGUGGACUAUGCAGCAGCACCACGCGGCUAUCCUCCCUAUGGCUACUACCCACCACCGCUGAACACGCCGCCAGCGCAUGCAUCGGCGCCCAGCUCGGUGAUUGUCAGUGCGCCGCCAACAGCCACGCCCACAAAUCAUUCAGUAUCCGUGCUGACCAGAGGCAAGUCGCCAGCGCCGUCAACAGCGCCCGCGCCGAACGAAGCGCACAAGUCGUCGGUGAUAACCAGCAAGAAGUUGAUUACACUGGAAGCGUAUUCGAAUGUCAAGUCACCCAUGGUGUCGGCUGAUUCGCCAGCGGGCGUGGCAGAGGAGGACUCUAGCUCGGCGCAUGGCAGCAGCAGCGCUGCUGUAGCCGCGUCCAGCGUCAGCGGCGGCGUGGGCGAGUUCUCGGGCCUGGUGAGCUACUUUAGCUCGCAGCAGGAUGAUUAUGAUACAUAACAAGCGCCGCCGGCCGCCAAAGCUUGUAUAUAAUGUAUAACUCUCUAUGUAUUUGUAUAUGUAAGAUGUGAAGGAGAGUGGUGGGGUGAAGUGGGGGCUCCAUUGCAAAUUCAGAACAAACCACAAAAAGAAGAAAACGAUGAAACUCCAAAACGCAAUCAAAACGUGCAUAUAAGCAAUUAUUUCUGUAGUAACUUUAAGCUAAACUAAACCUAAAACAAAGCAUAAUUAUUAUUUGAAUUAUGUUAAUUUAAUUUAAGCUUAAGUAGACUUCUAGCCCCUUGAACUUGACCAUUGUAUGCUCUAUGUGCUCCUAGAGUCCGCUACACACACACACAAGCAAACAAACAAUUAAGUAUUUUAGUUUAAUUAUAAUUAGUGCGUGCUUAUUUGUUAAUUUUUUUAUGCUGACCCCACAUUUAUUUCUUGGACAACUAUCAAUUAGCAAACAUUUGACGAAUUGAUAAUAAUUAUUUAUAUUAGCCACUAUACCUGCAAAUAUACAUACACAUAUGCAAA